AUUUAUAGAAACGGUUUGAUGUUUGUCUCCACUAGGAUAUUUGAUAUAAAUUAGUUGUCAAAUGAGUUGUUAAAUAAUUUAUUGUUAUUCUUUCAAUCUUAACAAUAUUGCUCCAUUUUUAUAUUCAAUCUUAACAAUAAUUUGUUUACUUGGUCCAUUUUUAUGCUAACAACUUGGUCGACACGCAUAACUAUGACUACAAAGCACAAAUAACUUGCUUCCCAAGGUUCUUAUCCCCUCCCUGUCUGUCUACAACCUUAACAUAUAUAAUCACAAUACAUUCAUCUAUAUUUCUCAUCAAUCUUUGUCUCAAUACCUCAAUUCAACAAAAAUGAAGAGAGAGGGUAAGCAACAUGGCAUGGUGAGGACAUACAGGAUCCUACCAAAUCCGAAACCCAACACCCGAUUCAUUACUCGGAUCGAUUCGCCUCCAACAGCUGGACUUUUCGCAAAGGUUCCUUCCAAGCCCACCAACCAUUCCAAAUUCACCGGGAAAUGCGAUAAGGCGCGGUGCAGCGAUUGCCGUCUCCAUCCGGUCUCAAAGUCAAAGAACAAAUCCAAAGGGAGUUUCAAGCAUUUUCAGGUCAUGGAUCAACCCGGGUUGAAAUUUAGAGGGUUGUCCGCGACCGGGACUUUGAACCAUCUUUCAAAUUGUUAUAUGGAUGAUGAUGAUGAUGAUGAUGUGGAAGAUGAAAAUGUUGUUGACCAUGUGGAUGAUAUGAAAGAUGAAAAUGUUGUUGACCAUGUGGAUGAUGAUCAUGUGAAAGAUGAAAGUGUUGUUGAAUAUGUGGAUGAUGUGGAAGAUAAAAGUGUUGUUGACCAUGUGGAUGAUGAUGAUGAUGAGGUGGAAGAUGCAAAUAAUUCAUGCAUUCUAGAAGAAAAAGAAGUGGAGUUUCCAUUGCGUGUUGAACAAGUUAAAGAAGAAAAAUAUGAAGAUGAAGAUUGGUGUUGGGUGGAAGUGGAGUGUUGUUCAUGAUUUGAUGAUAUUGUUUGUUUCUACUAACAAAUUGCAAUUGCUUGAUAAUUGCUUCAAAUGUAUCAUUACCAAUACAAAGGAAAGAUCCAAAAUUAUAAUGGAUAAAAUAUUAGGAUCUGUUAAUUACACCUUUCAAAUAAAUAUUACUCCUUCUGUUUUCAAUAUAUACUACCAAUUAAGGAGUUACUCUGAUCAAUAUGCAAAUUUUAAAUAUAUUGUCACCAAAAGAAUAAUU